AUCGAACGCUUGCGUAAAAUUUUGAAAAUGGCGAUGUCGGUAGUUAACAUGGCCUUUGAACUAACGUUCUCUUAACUCAACAUUCAAUAAUUUAUCAAUUAGGUUAAUGUUGCCGUCCGCUGCCGACAAGCUAAUAUGUUUUAAAAGUAAGUGAUUUGUUUGAUAUCCUGACAAGAUGAUUCUGUUUUCAAGCUUGUUCUCGCGUCCGGCUAAUUACGCAGUAACUACCAAAGGUCCGAUUAGAAGAACAUUGAAUAAAGUAUUUGGGAAGUACUUGCUAUUGACAAACACUGUCACUUCGGGUAUUUUAAUGGCAGUGGGCGAUUUGGUCCAGCAGAAGAUUGAGAUGCAUCGCAAAUUUGAGAAGAAAAGCGUUUUUGAUUGGAACCGAACAGGCCGCAUGUUCGUGGUUGGACUGGUGUCUGGUCCUCCGCAGCACCUGUUCUACAAGGUUCUCGAUCGUCUCGUUCCCCAGCAACACCUUUACGCGGUCACCAAGAAGGUUCUGUGGGACCAGUUCGUUGCCUCCCCGAUGUGUAUACUGAUAUUCUUUUUUGGGCUAGGCUACCUCGAAGGCCACAACUACGGCGAGAUCACGGCGGAAGUUAAAGAGAAGUUCUUAACAGUGUAUUUGGCGGAUUGGCUGGUGUGGGUCCCGGCUCAGUAUGUAAACUUCUACUUCCUGGCCCCGAAAUUCCGCGUGGCUUAUGUUAAUUUCAUCACAAUGCUGUACAAUGUGUUUCUGUCUUAUGUCAAGCACGAUAUGUAGUACUACUUUUGCACAUCCAUAAACUUUUGUUGUUUAAAUAUAAAGAAGUACUUUCAUAAAAUAUAGUAUGUCAUAGUGAAAAUUACUAAGCUUUAUGAAAAUUAGUUCUGAAAUAAUAUAUCGGGGAUGUAGUUAAACAAGUCAUUGCUGUGUAAUGAAAAAUACUUGGUUAAUUUAUGUGGAUCUGCCAGCACUGGCAUGUUUUUGAGCUCAUGUGGAGUUAAAAUGUUCGUGUAAACCAGUCUCGCUAUUAAUAACUAGUUAGCAAAUACGGGUUGAAUUUUUUUUAAGUUUCUUAUAAAGUGUAUAAUGUCAAAACUAGAAAUUAAGAAAAACACUUUUCAAAGUAAUAAUGCUUAAGUCACUGAUCUGCAGCUAUGAAUGCAUUUUUCAUAUUUUGUAUAUUAUUUAUAUAGGCCUGUGCAAGUAUCAGUUCUUUAGUUUGAAUUGAAUACGGUUACCAAAUUAUUCUUGAAUAUGAAUAUGAAUAUGAAUAUGAAUUUGAAUAGUAACAGGGUGUCUACCAGGUUCCAACAGCAAAAAUAAGUGAAUUUUUGGUGACUGGGGACUAUAAAAAAUUAUUUAUGCCCUGAAAUUUAAGUAUUAUGCAUUCAAUUUUUCAAUGUUUUAAAUAUUGUCUUAAAUAUUUUACAUUAGGUUAAUUACUGGCAAUAAAAACAGUUUAUACACUUUUCUUGAGUUGUUUACAUUCAAUCUCUAUGUCUAAUAAUUAUCUUUUUUUUUCUUCGAGCAAUUUUUACUUUUUCAUUUCGAGUAACUUGAAUUUGUGUACUGCUCUUUUUCUUGCAUUUAACACCUCAUCCUGUUCGUUUUUUUUCAUUCUUAGAUUUUCUUUCCUUUUUGCUAAGGCAUUGCUAAAUUCCAAUUUUAUUUUAUUUGAUGAGCGAGAGAAUAAACACCCUCUGAAAAACAAAAUGAACCAAUACACAAAAUAGUUGAGUAAAAUAUAUUAAUGGUACUGCAAUAUUACACACUUUGAGUUGUAAGUAUUCUUACUCUAGUCCAAAACACAUCAGUCUAAAAUUAAAAUAUUCACCUGGAAGUGAAAAUAUAUGGUCAUGAACCAAUCUUUGAGCUACAAAAGAUUUCUCGUGAAGAUUUUCAACCAAAAAAUCUUUGUUGAAAGAGACACUUCUCUCUACCGUUGCAUUUCCAUGGAAACAAAUUAAGAAGCACUGGAAGAAUAGGAUUAACUGUUUGUGUGCAGCUUUCAACACCUUGGAAUGUUCACAAAACUUUGUGAACUCUCUAAGAAUACUCUCUCCAUCAGCAGGUGCCAACUGAUUGUGUGAGGUAAGUUCCUGAAUGGCAACCUUAGCUCUAAGAUCUCUCUAAUUGAGUCUCUAACCAUUAUUGAAGGAGACAAGCAAGUUGAUCCCAACACAAUUCUCUUUCUCAGAGGACUCUUUUAAUCAAGUUUGGCAAAUAAAGAUUAAAGUAAUUUCCUGCAGUUAGUCUUAAAUUUCAAGGAGUCAAGUUCCUUCACUUUUUGAGACUGAAAGUGGCACCAAAACCAAUUUCUAUGUAAACAGUACUUUGUAAGAUAUUCUAAUUCUUCAUAUCCAGACUCUUUAACUGAGAAGCAUUUGAAAUAUUAUCCAUUACAUUUUACUUGAAAACCCUUCUUUCUAUGUUUUUUUAUCAAAAUAAACAACUCUUGGUGGAUGAAAGGAAAAAUAGAAGUUUGUCAGAAAUUCUUCCAACUCCUCUGCAAUCAUAGCAGAGAAAUGCAGUUUGGCUUACAGAACUCAAUCUUCCAACAAAGCCUUUUUCACAGUGCCAAGGUUCUGGGUGAUCUAAGGGUUUUUCUGAAGCUCUUUGUCUGCAAGAUAUAUUUUCAGAAAUGGUAUCAUUUCUUGGCAUCUUUUGAUUACAGAUAAGUUUUCUGUUCACCGUACAGCACAAAACUUUUUUGGAAAAAUUCUGGAACCAGUAAUUUGAGAAUAAACAGUAUGCCGAGAUGGAUACUUCUUAAGCAGUUGAUACAAUGCUCCAAGAAGUUGCCAACCAACCAUUGUGUGUGUAGUUUUGUAGGCACCAUUGAUUAUGUGCAAUGAACAAGUACAAAUAUCCAAAGGUUCCUUUCCAGUAUCAAGUUUAUUAUUUACUCUUCAUGUAACUUUUGAGAACAGAAAUCAACUUCAGAUUUACAUUUGGUCCAUCAAUAGAUAGUUGAAUUAAACAUUUUAGGGAAAGUGUGGCUUCACUAACAUACAAUAGCACUUUUUCAAGCAAAUCUACAGCCGUACAACGCUCAAGAAAUGCAGAUGUUAAUAUCAAGUACAUGAUAUACUGUUUUCUGUCUUCCAAUGUUUUAACAACAAUAUCUAUUUGCUGUUUGAGGUAAAUAUCAUUCAGCCUUUCAUCAACAGAUAGUGCAAAAAUAAGGCUUUUCUGUACACUAUCAGACAAUAAUGUGAAAAAUGAUGCCCAAGGCCAUAUGUGAUACUAUAUGCUAAUGUGUCCUUUUGUAAUUUUAUUUUUUAAGCUAUCUGGAAACAUAAGUGGAAAAAGUUCCACUGCAGUUGCUCCUGAGAGGAUUGUAGCAUAUGUACAGAUGUAAAGAGCAGCCCACACUAUGUCUGCUUUGGUUGCAUUAUCUUUUACAAAGAAAUUGGAGAGCUUUUGUUCUUGAUGUGUCUCACAUGGUAUAGUACUAUAAGAUGUAUGCUGUGGACUGGGGCUAGGUGCAGGUUGAGAUGAAUCAUAACUUUGAUUGCUGGGCCCAGAUUCUGAUGAACUAGUGGUGGGCCUAGUACCCUUGUACAAAAAGGGAGCUUUUGCUGCCUGCCUGACUUGUGAACAUUGAGAAAUUCGACAAGAGUUUUUUUUCUUUCUAUUCUUUCCUUUUUCAUGGAAUUUGAUUGCAUUAAUUCCAGAGUGAAAAACAUCCACAUAUUUUUUGUAUAGCGUACAACAAGUCGAACAUUAUAUCCUUACCAGUUCUUAGACACAAUUUCCAUUCCUCCUCUUCCAACCAAAUGUCUUCCCUGUAAUUUUUAUCGCUGAUAAAACACUGCAAAAUACCAGCUGUAGGUGUGCUGAAGAUGUCUACACAAGUUUUUGAACAAUUAAAUUUUCACACGCCAACACAAUGAAAAUUCACAACAAAAUAAAAAUGUUGAAAAUACAUUGGUUUUGUAAAACACUGCUACAUCCAAGUAGGUUAGUUUUCACUGAGAAGUUGAAACAAAGAAGAAAAAUUGUAUUACCUAUAAACUGAAGUUGUAAUGUAUGAUAAUAAAAGCAUGUGUUUUGCUGAUAAUCUCCCACAGUUGUAGAUUGAAAAUUAUUUCUCACAUUGUAAUGUAAAAAAAAAAAACAUGACUAAUAUGGGCACUUUUGUUACUUAUCCAUGACAUCCAUGACCAUGAGUUAAAAUUGUAAUUUUUUCUUGACUUCUGUGACCGGUAGACACCCCGAAUUGUAAGAAUGAGAAAUAGAAUGGCACUAGAAAAAUUGUUUCAUAUAAUGUAACACUUCUGGGAAAUUAGACAAAUAAUACUAAAAUGAAAGGAAUGUUGGUUAAGACAGCUACAAUAAUCAUAUGAAAAAUGUUUGUUAAAACAUUUAAAUUAUGAAAUAAAGAGAUUGCAUUUUUAACUAUGCUGCUUAUCUAAUUUAACCUAACCAACAAACUUUUCAUUUCAGUUCUUAUUCACCUUAUUUUUCACAAGAUGCUACUGUAUGUAUUAAUCCAGAAAAAUUUUGCAAACUGCAAAAUACCAUGAAAUCCAAUGCAAUCAAUUUAAUGAAAAACUGGAAUCUUUUAAAAGAGCUGUAUUCCCAAAUUAGUGAUUAAAUGAGCUCAUAUUUACAUAUUUAAAACCUAGUUAUUCACGACAAGGGCGCAACAACAGGGGGGGGGGGGGGCAAGGGUAUUUUGCCCCCCUCUGAAACCUUUAAGUGGGGGCAAACAGGGGCAAAGAAAGUGCUGUGUAAUCAAUUUUUAGAUAGUAAAACUGCUUAAAUAGCACCAUUUUCCACCUUGAAAUAAAAAAUUUCCCGGGGGAGGACCCCCGGACCCCCCGCUUCAAUAGGGGGGAUAGAUGAUUCUUUAUAAUAAGGUAUAUUUCCCCCCCUUUGGAAAUUUAGUUGUUGCGCCCCUGAUUCACGAGUUCUUGUUAACAGCAGCCAGUUGAAUUGUAUUUUAGUUCAGCAAUAUUAUAAACACAAUUUCUGCUAAUUUCAUACAAAAUUGUUUAUUUAUUUGUUUUUUCAAAUCAUUAUGUCUAUUUUGUCAUAGAUGCAUAAGCCAUUAGGCUGCUACUGUAUCAUGUGGUGCUAGAUUGAUUGUGAAUAUUGAUUUAUACGCCGGCGAAACUAUGAUGUUUACUUCUUUUAGUGGCCAUCGCAAUGGAGUGUCUGUGUUUUGUGGUGGUAUUGUUUGUGUAUUUUUUCCCAACUCUGGUAUGUGUCACGAAAUUAAUAAAUAAUAUUUUGUUUUCAAGUUUUAAAUUACGAA